GCAGAGCCCUUAGCUGUCAGACAAAGAGUGACGCUCAGAGCCGGAGUCAUGGCGGCCAUAGAGGAAAGCCUGGCGACCGCUGGGGCGCUUGGGAGCCCAACAGCGCCGCCGGAGAAACAAAGUGAAGCCCACCCGAGCUCGGACCGGGCAAGUAAUUCUGCAGGUUUCUCUUCGAUUCCAGAGGCCUCACCUUCUGCCCCUGAAUCCUCCCGCCCCAUCGCCGCGGUCCCUGAGGUCCCUCCACCUCCCGUUGUAGCUUCGGCAGCACUUGAGCUGCCUCUCGGGCCCACGCCCCCGGGCCCUGCUCCCCUGGCCGACGCCGCUCCGCACUCCACCGCGGGCCCUGGAUGCUCCCGACCAGGCCCCGAGACGUUCCGCCAGCGCUUCCGGCAGUUCCGAUACCAGGACGCAGCGGGCCCGCGGGAGGCGUUCCGGCAGCUGCGGGAGCUUUCCCGCCAGUGGCUGCGACCCGACGUCCGCACCAAGGAGCAGAUCGUGGAGAUGUUGGUGCAGGAGCAGCUGCUCGCCAUCCUGCCCGAGGCGGCGCGGGCCCGGCGGCGGGGCCGCCGCACGGAUGUGCGCAUCACCGGCUGA